GCCUUCACCAUGACGCAUUCGCGCAGUCUCAUACACUCUUUUAAUUUAUUUUUAUUUUUAAAAUUAACGAAUUUAUAUACCGCGUAACCGCUUCGGCCAGUGGCGGCGAGCCCUACAACCGCUUCCCAAAUCGCCCCCUCUAUACCCCCUACAACAGUCUCACACUCUCGCCUCGCAGCAUUGGCCUCCGAUAGCAUAUGUCGUUCUGGUCUUUCUGCCGUUGGAGAAAAAGGAGGACAUUAUGUCUUUCGAGCCGUUUAAAGAAGCACCUUAUCUACCUUUGAACCUAGUAAAAUUAAUGAGCUUCAGCGUGCUUAUGAUCGCUAGAACUCUCCACACCUCUGUCAUGGGUGUAGGGCUGAGUAGGGACGCGUAUGCUCGAGGCAGCUAUAAGCCCUCCAGAUGAGCUCUGCGCCUUCAUCCGCC